AUAUCGAGUAUCGAAUUAUCAGAGCUCAGGCGAGUUGGAUGAUAUUGAACUAACCGGUAGUGCUCGUUUUUCACUGCCGAGAGUUUGUUCUUUUUUUGAACCCCCUUUAUAUUGGAUAGUAAAGUACAUCACAAAUAAAAUGAUGCAAGCUAGCCUUUGGAGUUUGGUGACCACUUCUGUCAGACCAACAUGUGUCAAACGUAUUGUACCUGGCUUGACAGCUGCGCAACAACGCAGAUAUGCCAGCACAAUAGAAGCGGAUCUUGUAGUAAUAGGUGGUGGUCCUGGUGGAUAUGUAGCAUCGAUUAAAGGAGCACAAUUAGGAAUGAAAACUGUUUGUAUAGAAAAGGGAGAGACAUUAGGAGGAACUUGCUUAAAUGUUGGUUGCAUUCCAUCUAAAUCUCUGCUGAAUAGUUCACAUUAUUAUCAUUUAGCACAUGCUGGUGAAUUGAAGAAAUUUGGCAUUUUGGUCGACAAUGUAAAGCUUGAUCUUGAAAGAGUAAUGGAACAAAAACGAAAUACAGUGAAAGCUUUAACAGGUGGUAUUGUUGGUUUAUAUAAAAAGAAUAAAGUGGAAUGGGUUAAGGGUCAUGGCAAAAUUACUAGUCCAAAUCAAGUAAAUGCACUUGGCCCUGAUGGUUCAGUGAUUAGUACAAUUAAUACUAAAAACAUCAUAAUUGCCACUGGAAGUGAAGUCACGCCAUUCCCAGGUCUAGAAUUUGAUGAGAAACAAAUUAUUUCAUCCACUGGAUGUUUAUCAUUAAGUCAAGUACCCAAGAAGUUCAUAGUAAUUGGUGCUGGUGUUAUUGGGUUGGAAUUAGGCUCAGUUUGGCAGAGAUUGGGCGCUGAAGUAACAGCCGUUGAAUUUUUACCAACUAUUGGUGGAGUAGGUAUUGAUGGCGAAGUUAGUCAAGCGAUACAAAAAAUGUUAGUUAAAGAUUCAUGGAAUUUUAAAUUGGGGACAAAAGUUACUGCAGCAAGAAAACAAGGCAAUGACAUCAUUGUUUCCGUUGAAAACGUGAAAGAUCCUAGCAAAAAGGAGGAACUGACAUGCGAUACACUUUUAGUCUGUGUUGGCAGAAGGCCUUAUACAACGAAUUUAGGAUUAGAAGAUUUAGGAAUCGAAAGAGACGAAAAGGGCAGGAUCCCUGUAAACAACAGAUUCCAAACAGUAGUACCUUCGAUUUAUGCUAUUGGAGAUUGCAUUCAUGGGCCAAUGUUAGCUCAUAAAGCUGAGGAUGAAGGUGUUAUUACAGUUGAAGGCAUUGCUGGAGGUGCCGUUCACAUCGAUUAUAAUUGUGUACCUAGCGUGAUAUACUUACAUCCAGAAGUUGGUUGGGUAGGCAAAUCGGAAGAAGAUUUAAAGAAGGAGGGCAUCGAAUACAAAAUUGGGAAAUUCCCAUAUUUAGCAAAUUCGAGAGCAAAAACAAAUGCUGAGACGGAAGGUUUCAUUAAAAUCUUGGCGGAUAAAAAUACAGACAAAAUAUUGGGCGUACAUAUGAUAUGUUCAUGUGCCGGUGAACUGAUUAACGAAGCAGUUCUUGCAAUGGAAUAUGGAGCAAGUGCAGAAGAUGUUGCAAGAACAUGUCAUGCACAUCCGACAUUCGCAGAAGCCUUCAAGGAAGCCAAUUUAGCUGCAUAUUUCGGAAAACCCGUCAACUUUUAAAUAUAUGUAUAAAUAAUUUAUGAAACAAUAUUUUGACUCAUCGUAGCUUCGAUCUAGACUACGUUCACUUCCAAGUGUGUUUGAAACGUGUCACGCUGCACGCUAGAUUUCAUCAUCGUUUAAUUACAUAAGAAAGAAACUGUAAAUAAAAAUGUAAGAGAAUGAAAUGAAAAUAUCACAUCUUUUAUAGUAAAUUUACUUUCAUUGUUUAAUUAUUGUAUUUAUUAUAAAUAAAUAAAUCACAGUCCAUCACAGAAACAUUCAACAGGAUAUAAGAUUUACGAUACGUUUCAGUAAUCUCAAGAGUAUAUAGAUAAGUUUUUAUGACGUUACUGUCGAAAUUUCCUUUCUCGGUUUCAUAAAAACAUCCGUCCCGACUAAGUUUUACUUAAUAAAAUUUAAUACAUUUGUAACGAUAUUUAAUAACCAAGCGAAUAUGUUACUGUUAUUUUUAUUCAAAAUGAAUUGAACAGUUAAAAUCCUA